AUGUCUGAACAUCAAGCAAAGCCCGCGCCAGCACCAGCGCCCUCCACAGCCAUCCAGCAAAGCGAUAACAUCGCCCACGCCCUAUCCGGCGCCGGAGGUGGAAUUCUCUCAAUGGUCUUGACCUACCCAUUAAUCACCCUCUCAACCCGAGCCCAAGUCGAGUCCAAGCGAGCCCACUCCAGCGCCCUAGACGCCGUCCGCCGCAUCGUGCAGCGCGAAGGCAUCGCCGGCCUCUAUUCCGGCCUCGAGUCCGCGCUCUUCGGCAUAAGCGUCACCAACUUCGUCUACUACUACUGGUACGAAUGGACGCGCUCGACCUUUGAAACCGCAGCCCUAAAAGCCGGGCGCGCGAAGAAGCUCACGACAAUCGAGUCCAUGAUCGCCGGCGCCAUUGCCGGAAGCGCAACCGUCCUAAUCACCAACCCGAUCUGGGUAAUCAAUACGCGCAUGACGGCGCGCCGGUCCGACGAGGAGCAGGCUCUCCCCGGCGCGAAGAAAGUCAAAGCCUCGACGUUUAGCACGUUGAUGCAGCUGCUGAGGGAGGAGGGGCCUAAGGCGCUGUUUGCGGGUGUGCUGCCUGCGCUUGUGCUUGUUAUCAACCCGAUUCUUCAGUAUACGAUUUUCGAGCAGUUGAAGAAUAUGGUUGAGCGGCGCAGACGGAUGACGCCUAAAGAUGCGUUUUAUCUGGGGGCUUUGGGGAAGAUCCUCGCUACUAGUAUUACCUAUCCGUAUAUUACUAUCAAGAGUCGGGCGCAUGUGGCUAGUAAGGAUGGGCCUAAGGAGAGUUUGAAUGGGAGCUUGAAGAGGAUUAUUAAUGAGGAGGGGUGGAAGGGUCUUUAUAAGGGAAUUGGCCCUAAGGUUACGCAGAGUGCUAUUACUGCUGCGUUCCUGUUUGCUUUCAAGGAUGUUCUCUAUGAUACGAUGGUUUCCAUGCGCAAGCGCAAGGCCAUUGGUAAGUAG